AUGCAUCUUUCAACCCUUAUUGGCGGGCUGUCUGCGAUCGGCGGGCUGACCCUUGCCCAGGCCGCUGCGACCAGCUCGGCCAUUGAAACCGAUGGUUUCAGCAUCACCGACGCAUUAGAGGAUCUCGGUGUGGAUGUGUCGCAAAUCCCCGCAUUGGAGUCGUUCGCCUCUAUUGAGACGCGGUCAACCGACAAAGCCUGUGCAGCUGCUUGCGCAAGUUUGAGCUUCCUUUUUGGCUCCAAGGUUGCUUCUCCAGAGACUACUGGGUACAGCAACUUCACUAGCUCAUUCUGGUCCGUGCAGCAAGAAGAGGUCCAGCCUCGUUGCGUCUUCCGUCCUACCAAAAACACGGAAGUUAGCACAGCAGUCUUACUUUCCCGUCUGACUGGUUGCGAGUUUGCUGCUCGCAGCGGCGGCCAUGCUGCCUUCACCGGUGCUUCUAGCGCGCCUGGCGGAAUUAGCAUCUGGUUCAAGGAUAUGAACGCCGUUACCCUUAACGCGGACAAGAAGGUCGCUUCUAUUGGCCCUGGAAACAACUGGUUGACCACCUACUCUGCCCUCGAGCCCUAUGGCUUGGCUGUUGUUGGAGGUCGGGCCUCUAGCAUCGGUGUUGGUGGGUUCGUUUUGGGUGGUGGAAUCUCCUACCACUCUAACCUGCACGGAUGGUCUUGCGACAAUGUUCAGAGCUUUGAGGUCGUCACCGCUAGUGGUCUGAUUGUAACCGCGAGUGCAACUUCCUACGCUGACCUAUACUGGGCUCUGCGCGGUGGUGGCAACAACUUUGGUCUUGUGACCAAGUACAAUUUGUACACCAUUCCCUCCCCAGAGCUAUACGGUGGUGCCAGAACCUUCCUCCAGACCGAGUUCCCCGAGGUUAUCAAUGCUUGGAUCAACGUGAUCAACAACGCCACGGUUGAUGGAAACGCUCAGCAAUACGUUGCCUUCCUUCGGACCCAAGAAAUGAACCUUGCCUCUGCCGAGUUAACGUACGUAAAGAACGACCCCAACCCUGAGAUCUACAAGCAAUACAGAAGUAUUCCAGCCAUUUCCGACACAUCUAGCGCCAAGACCCUUGUUGAGUACGUCAAGUACCUCGAGACCGAGAACCCGUUCGGUCUUCGCGAGGUGUACUGGCCGAUUAGCGCGGCUCUCAACGAGAAAUUUGCCAACUGGGUGGUGGACCUCUUCUACUCGAUGAUCCCCGAGGUGGCCGAUGUUGCCGGCGCCCAGCCCGUGCUGAUCUACCAGGGCAUCACUGAGCCCAUGUUGAACAACAUGAAGAACUACGGUGGCAAUGCUCUUGGACUUGAUGGCUCCUCUGGCCCUGUUCACCUUUUGCACAUUUCCUGCUGGUGGAAGAACGAGUCUGAUGAUAAGACUAUCUACGCGUUUGUCAACAAGUUCAUGGAGAAGGUAAUUGCUGAGGCUAAGACCGUCGGUGUCUUCAACGAAUAUAUCUACAUGAACUACGCCAGCAUGUUCCAGGAUGCUGUCGCUGGAUAUGGUGCUACCAACAAGGCUCAGCUGAAGAAGAUUGCCAAGAAGUACGACCCCAGAGAGGUUUACCAGACUCUCCAGCCUGGUUACUUCAAGCUUGAGGGUGCUCCCGUGACCUCCUCCUUCUAG